AUGAGCAAAGAACUCGCCUGCGUCUACGCUGCCUUAAUCUUACACGAUGGAGACAAAGAAAUCACUGCAGAUGCUCUCCAAAAAAUCAUCGAUGCAUCAGGUCUACAAACUGAUAAAUUCUGGGUUCAGAUGUAA